AGCCUUUGCUUUAUCUUUCACAGCAGCGUGGUCGGUUCAAUUCCGGCAUCUAGCUUUUCCAACUUGCGGCCUCAGACUUCCUUCUUCUUCUUUUUAAUCUUUGCAUUCAAGCCCCAUGUUCGUUACUAGCUAAUUGGUAUCACAUAAACCAAUCUUGAUCACUUUUGAUGCAAAGUCUUCAACUUUAAUUUACACAUAUGGUGUCAUCAGAUAGAGUAAACACUUGCUAGCAAGAAGAAACUGCAAGAGCUGAAAUCACACAGGUUUGGACCAAAAAUCCAUGGGAAACCAACAAAGAGAGAGAGUAUCAUUAUAAGAUGAUUAAGGUUCCAAAAGAGGCAGAUCAACCGGAAUCAUCAAGUAAUUAUGAGAAAGCAAAGGCGUCAUCAGCAUCAGCAUCGAGCAGCAUGGAACCACAAUGGGUGAGGUUGAAGGAUCCGAGGAUAGUGAGGGUAACAAGAGCCUUUGGUGGCAAAGACAGGCACAGCAAGGUUUGCACCAUACGAGGUUUGAGAGACAGAAGAGUGAGGCUGUCGGUACCAACAGCCAUUCAAUUGUAUGACCUUCAAGAAAGGCUAGGGUUCAAUCAACCCAGUAAGGUUAUUGAUUGGCUUCUUAAUGCUGCCAAGAAUGACAUUGAUGAACUCCCUCCUCUUCCACCAUUAAAUCUUGCCCUCGUUCACCAUCAUGCUAUUCUCACCUCUAAUUCUCAGCCUAACGAAGAACAUGGCUGGGAAGCUUCCAACAACACUUUCUGGAAAUUGAUAGAGCCCAAAGAAGCUUCCUCGUCUCAUGAUCACGAGGACAAAGUGAACGAUGAUGAUGAUGUUAAACAAGGAAGCAAUAACGGUAAUGAGUUAUCUCAUCAUGCUGCACAAACUGUUCCGAAUCAUCAAUACCACCACCACCAUCAUCCCUCCUUUUUUGGAAACCAGCUGUGGGAAGGUUCUGCAGGUGGUGAAGGUGUACAUGUUUCUCAUCAGACAGAUUUGCAAAGCCUUAACGUUGUACCUUUCUCAUCAACGUUGUCUUUGUCCACUGGGGAUUCUUCUCAUCAUUUUCCUUCGCAUUUGGGGGCGAACAUGGACGUGGAUAGUAAUAUUCCAAGACAAAUCAACUACAACCAUUAUCCCAUGCUGAGUUUUAGUUCAAAUCUAUAUCCUAUCUCUAUGGCACAGUCCUUGAAACCCUUUGGAUUGAGCAUGAUGACUCCUAACAACACCACAGAGAGCCAGUCACUUAACCAUCAUCUUCAGGAUUUUCCCACCAAGUGACAACCAAUGAAGCACACAAACAAUAAACAUGAAGCAAUUACGGCUCGUGAGGAAUGAUAAGGUAAGCGGAGAUCAAUUAAUAUUCAUUAACUACAGAUAAUUAAUCUACUGGAUCAGCUAAUUUGCGUAUACCAUGUUUGGUAAAUUGCUGCUUUCUACAUGAUUGUUAUUGCUGAUUACAAGUUUUCUGUUCAGUUUGAGUUAAUCCACAACACCACUCAAAGUCUUGAUAAAUUGUUCAAUUAAUGCAUGCGGCGAUCAGAGCACACAGUACUGUACUGGACUGCCAUCUUCAAUGAAUUGUAGCUCAGAAGUUGGGGUUGUGAUGUUUUCUGUUGCAGUUGUGGAUGCAGAGAUAUAUAUUAUUACAGGCAAAUGCAUCAACAUGAAUAGAAAUAUACAGUUAUACAUACACAUGUAUAUGCAUAUGUAUGUCCCGCUGUAUAACAUCAGCUGUGAUUAUCAAUAUAAGUAAUUUAUGGUAUUUGUACUUCA